ACUAAUACCAUGACUGCUGUUGCCAUUGCCGUUGCCAACUAUCCCGCCACUAUCAAAGAAUUUUUAACUUUCCUUCCCGACCGACCUCCGCUCCAUCCGCGGGCACGAUAUUCAAGUUCAACUGAGAUAUACACCGCCCAAAUCACCGCCCCUCCAGCGGAUCGUUCCAUCUCCUGCCAACCCAGACCCUGCCCUCAUCCCAAGACUGAAAAAAAAAUCAUCGGUAGAGUGGUAACUGACCUCGGCGUAGGCGCCGUGUCUUGUCAAUCGAUGCAACGGGACGUGCAAAAUAUGGUAACGCAGGCAAUGUGGACCGAAGCCGACUGACGUGAGCCAGUCCGGUGUCUACGCCACUUCUGCGAUAAGCCAUGUCUUCAAGGCCAUCGCUGAGCAGCCUCACCGUUGUACGCUACACCGAAGGCGUCGGCUCGGUACCCGUCCUAGCUUGUUCUGACGAUUAUAACCUCUAUGAAUCUGUGUUGCUUUCAAAGGCGGAGGCAUUGAGUAGGCCUUUCAGUGUUGAUACUGCUAAAAAAAACCAACGGUGCCAAGGUCAUGGUCGUGAAACUUGCGCUGCAGAUCCUUCUCGUCCGGGAAAAUUCUC